AUGGCCGACGAAGUCCCCCUUGGUCCGCAGGCUGAUUUCAAUAUCAUUGCUACCGAGAUACCGAAGAUACCAAAUACACCUGCACUCGCCGGCGGCCAGCAACUUCUCGCUGAGCUCCGUGCAAUGAGGGAGCAGGCAACGAGAGACACGAUGGCAAUCCGACAAGACGUUGCAAAUAUCCGCCAGGAAAUUGUCGAUGUUCGUCAAGAGCUUGUGACCAUAAUUACUGCGAAUCACAAUAAUGCAGCCUGGGUUCAGAAUACAUACCUUCGAAGUUAA